AUGAAGUUCCUUGCAACCCUCGCUCUGAUGGCCACUGCGGUCAUGGCCGCCCCAGCCGCCAAAUCUUCCAAGGAAUUUCACCUGAAGACUGCGGGCGCCAGCAAAGCCAAGUUCAACGACUUGUUCGUUUACGCCUAUCACACUGGUGCCGGACUCAACGAUGCCGUGCUCUCCAAUGACAGCUCCAUUGCCAGCGCAUUCUACUUCAAUGGCACCAUUGCCCUGGCAGACCUCAAGACUGAGUUCCCAUGGGGCAUGGUUGCGCCCGGUGAUGCCAACUAUGCUUCAUGGGAGCCGAUCUUGAUCAACGCCGGCAGCGGCACAGAGGGCUUCUCCAUCGACAAGGGCAACUUUGUCUGGUCGGCAGACUAUGGCUUCGGUGGCUGGUUGGUUUGCGACUGGUACCACAAUGCCCCCCAGCUGUUCUAUCUGAACCGCUACUACCAGGCGACCAUCCCCUCCAGCUGCAGCAAAGUGCAGUUGAAGCCCAUCUCCCUUUAA